UUUUAAAGAUAGGGCACAUAUACAUGCAUAAAAGAGAGGCUGCUUCUGGGAUCCUGGUAAAUAAACUCAAGAAACAAUUCAGAGCCCAUGACGUCCUCCACCAGAAAGUCUGUAUUGUCUCUCUAUAAGCGCAUAUUUCGCAUUGCCAGAGUUUGGCAGGCUCAAAGUGGUGUUGCAAGUGACACAGACACAGAGAAACAGUACAUUCUCCAAGAAGCUCGUAUGUUGUUUAAACAAAACCAGCAGCUAUCAGACCCCAAACUGAUAAAUAGGUGCAUAGAGGAAUGUGAAGCCCGAAUAGAAAUUGGCCUUCAUUAUAGAAACCCAUAUCCAAGGGCUACCUAUCUGCCUCCAUUAGGAUUGGCAACCCAGAAAGGUAGAAUGCUGCGAGCUCAACAGCGCCUAAGAAAGCAGGCCAAGCCAGUUUACUUACAGUCACAUGAAGAGACCUGAUGCUCAGGAUCCUGUGCCAUUACCGACAGUUUGGGUUACCACACACAAAACACUGGAGUAUAAUGACAAACUGAACUCUUAGGUUUAACAGUUUUUCAUCGUGUACAUAAAACAGAUGUGGGUUAAUAAAUGUUAGACCUUUAAAACCGCCUAUAUUUUCAUCACCUAUGUAUAUUGAAUGUAUGUAUUUAUGUUUUUUGUACAGUGCAAUUUGAAGAUAAAGUUCAG